AUGAAGAAUUGCGAAUAUCAACAAAUCGAUCCCCGAGCACUUUCAACACCAACUGCUACACCUACUUCAACUCUGCCAUGUGCGGGAAAGAACCCUCAGCGUCUCCGCAGAAAAUGGGAAGUGUUCCCUGGGAGAAAUCGCUUCUAUUGUGAUGGACGGAUCAUCGUUGCACAACAAAGCGGUGUGCUUCCCUUGACACUCGGCCUUAUUCUUGUCACCAGUGGCUUAUUCUUUGUAUUUGACUGCCCCUUCCUGGUAGCUCACCUCACCGUCUGUAUUCCAGUGAUAGCUGGAGUGUUGUUUGUGUUUGUGGUCAUCUCCCUACUUCGGACCAGCUUUACAGACCCUGGGAUCUUACCGAGGGCCCUGCCUGAUGAGGCUGCCGACAUUGAAAAACAGAUCGAUAACUCUGGGUCCUCCACUUAUCGUCCUCCUCCGCGUACCAAGGAGAUCCUUAUAAACAACCAGGUGGUCAAACUCAAGUACUGCUUUACUUGCAAGAUGUUCCGUCCACCUCGGACCUCCCACUGUGGUCUGUGCGACAACUGUGUGGAGAGAUUUGACCAUCACUGCCCAUGGGUGGGAAACUGUGUUGGAAAGCGCAAUUAUCGCUUCUUCUACACUUUCAUAGUAUCGCUCUCCUUUCUCACUUCCUUCAUCUUUGGCUGUGUCAUCACCCACCUGACCCUGCGAUCUCAGAGUGGAGAUGGCCUCAUUCAAGCCCUACAGGACAGUCCAGCUAGUGUUGUGGAGUUGGUCGUCUGUUUUUUCUCCAUAUGGUCUAUUUUGGGCCUCUCGGGCUUCCACACUUACUUGGUGGCCUCCAACCUCACAACCAACGAAGAUAUUAAAGGUUCCUGGUCGAGUAAAAGACGAACGGAGGAGUUGGGAAAUCCCUAUAGCUACAACAACAUUUUUACUAAUUGUUGCGUGGUACUGUGUGGUCCCAUGCCUCCCAGUUUGAUUGACAGAAGAGGCUUUGUACCUCCAGAGGACACAUCUCAAACGGUCACCUCGGAGAUGGAACUUCCUCCCUUCAUGUCUAAGAAUGACACAAACAUGUGCACGCAGGGCACUAAGGAGCUUCUGGAAUCGGUGGCUCACUCCUCGCUUCUCCGGAGCCCCUGUAAUCCAGGCACACCCAAGACCGCCCCGGCGUCUCAAGAGAGCUGGCUUAGCACCGUCUCCGGGGCCCCGACGCCCUCGCCCGGAUCUCCGCCCUCCGGCUGCUCGGGGCGCCAGGCCCGCAGACCCAUCGACAAUCCCUGCCCGCAGAAAGCCGGCAGACGAGCGGUCCUCCACGCCUCCAGGCCCGCGUUCCAUCUGCCCAGUCCUCCGUACUCCCUCACUCACAACCCGCUCAUCUUCAGUGACGCUCCCAACGUGGGUUUCAUUCCGUUGGCUUGAGGAGCAUGCAUCU